AUGUCGCGAGGCGGACUCGUCGUCAUCCCAGGAGGAUAUAAUGGACAACCAGCAGCAGCACCACCUCAACCACCACUCUCACCUACAUCAUCAUCCUCUACAAAUAUAUCGUCUACUACUGCAACUACUACUACUUCUACUGCAACAAGAGCAGCAACGACGAUGGGGUCACCACAACCUAAUAACAAUACAACAACAACAGACUUGGUAGGAAGAGGUGCUCCACCCCCACCACCACCACCACCACCACCACCAACUACAACAUCACCACCAUCUUCUAGAUAUAGGUCACCGACACGAUCAUCUUCGAGGUCUAGGUCGCGAUCGCGGUCAUACUCUUCGUCGAGAUCGCCGUCGCCGCGAUACAGCAGACAGAGAUCAUCGCGUAGACGAUCAUCGUCGAGAUCGCGAUCAAACAGUCGGUCAAGAGACAGAAGAUACAGAAGAGAUCGAGACCGAUCACGCUCGCGUGACAGAGGACACCGAUCCUCGCGUCGAGACAGUCGACAAUCCGACAGAGACAGAGAUAGAGAUAGAGAUAGAGACCGAGACAGACACCGUGACAGGGACAGAGACAAUAGAUACUCUAAACGAACAUCGUCACGAAGAAACAGCUCACCAUCUCCACCUCCACCUCCUCCACCACAUUCUCCACCACCCCCACCACCUCCACCAAUGCACUCUGAUGGAGGAAACGGAACGUCACAAAGCAAUACCCCUCCAUUCCAAUCAAAGAUAUCGAUUGCAUUUGGCAGUAGUAGUAAUAAUAAUAGUAAACCUUCAUCAUCUAAAAACAGUAAAACAACAUCACCAUUACUUACAUCACAAUCACCUCCACUACCACCUCAAACCUUUAUGGAAAUUGUCAAUGGAGAGAAUCAAAUAUCAAGACUCAAAGACUCUUUGAAACAACCUAAAUUCUCAAACGAACCCAAUCAACCUUCAUUCCCCAUCCGUGCCAAGGGUGGAGACUGGAAGAUAACCAAUGAUAGCAAGCUGACAGCUUCAAUCUCUGCGAGUGAGGAGUUGGAUGAUCCUGCCAAACAACAAUUGAUUCAAUCUCAAAUACAACAAAGUAUACGUCAGUAUAGAAUCAAUGGGUUUUGUGAUCCAACAGAUACUAUCGAUGUCAUUCUUAGUGGAUUUGGUGAUCCUCGUCCAUCAUCUAUCAAUCAUUCCUCUUAUUUCCUUAAAUCAAUUGAUUUGGCUGUACCUAAUUUUAUUAAUGAUAAAAAUAGUCAGAUUACACAACAACCAAGAACUAUUUGUUUAUCGAAUCUACCAACAAGUGUAGAUGAAUCAUUGUUGACAGAGAUAUUUGAAAAAUAUGGAGAGAUUGAUAGAGCUUCAAUAUAUACACACCCACUUAAAGGAAAUAGUACUGGCAUUGCGACCAUUAAAUUCUAUGAAAGUUCACAUGCCAUCAAUGCAUUUAAACAAUUUACAGAGAACCCUUUUAUUCCAGGUACUAGCAGCAGCAGUAGUAAUAAUCGUAUCAAAAUCAAUAUGGAUCCAAAUGGAAAUUUAUCACAAUGGUUAUUUGAAUUUAUUGCUCCAGAUACAAAAAAAUUAACUACGAGUAGAUUAAUAAGAGAUUUGGAAAUAUCAGAAUAUGGUGGAAUGACAUUGGAUCCAACAUCUUCAAAUCAACAGACAAAUGCAGGUGAUUGGAUGGCACAAUUUGGUAUAUCAAAAUCUGCAGUAUCAUCAAUCAAAGAAGAAACUACUACAUUGAAAAACAAUGACCAUUUUGGAAAUGAAGAUUCAUUUUCAAUUGUAGAGUAUUCUGGAAACAAUAACAACAAUAAUAAUAACAACAAUAAUAAUAAUAAUAAUAAUAAUCAUAAACAACAACAAUCAUAUCAUUAUUCACCAGACAGCAACUAUGAUCCAUAUAAACCAUUAGACUCUUUUAAUUCACCUCAUCCAUAUUCAGAGUCAAUCUCUGAAUAUGAUCCAUUUUAUCCAACCGAUUCUAUAUAUUCCCCACGCGAAGAAGAUUAUCCUCAAUAUUUUAAGAAUUAUAAUUUUAAACAACAAAAAAAUACACAUCAAAUCCCUUUUACUGUACAGAUACCUUUUUACUCAGCCAUUUACAAGGAUAAAAAGAACAGAGACAAAUUAUAUCGACACUUUAGAAUCUAUGAUCCAGUCAAUACAAUGGAAAUUAGAGACAAGGCAAUUCAACAUUUAAAUGGAUCUUAUAUUGGUGAUUGGAAACUAAUUGUACAAAAGGCAAAAUCAUCAGAAAACAUAUCAUCAAAUGACAAUGAUUAUGAUUAUGAUCGCCACCACCACCAUCAACACCACCAACACGACUCUAUCAAUGAUCAUUUUGACCAAAAUGGAAACGAUAUGAAUGACAUUAAUGAAAACAAACAACUAUCAAAUAUUAAUUCACCACCUUUAACUCCCAAAGAUCAAAAGGGUUCAAACAACACUUUACCACAAACUAAAAAGGAACAUGAAGGAUCGAAAUCAGCCACUCCAUUGAUGGCUCCUUCUACACCAUCCUCCUCCUCCUCCUCGGCGACAAUAGUUGACAAGAAGAAAUUGUUGUCUGAAAACUCUUCACUUUUACAAGAGAUGUGUGAAAGAUUGGUUUGUAAAGAACUACUGUCGAUUGCUGAAAAGGACUCACAAAAGAAUAUUGUAGAGUUUGAAAUAUCACAGGCCAUCAAAUCAAUAGAGUCGGCAUUAAAAACAACCGACCUCAAUGCACCAUCUUCGUCAUCUCUUACCACUGCCACUGACAAGGACCAAAUGGAUCUUGUCAGUGCAACCUCGGCAACAUCCACCACAUCACCCAUAUCUACAUCGAGUGGUGGCAAGAUGAUUGACUUUUCAUCGUUGCCAUCAUUUAAAAUAUACAGUGAAAAGGAAAAAGAAGAAAAGGAACGAAAAGAGAGAAAGAAACUCGAGAAAAAGGACAAGUCAAAAAAGAAACUCAGAAAACAAUCAAACAGAAGAACAAGAGGAGGCAGAGGAGGAAGAGGAGAUGGAUCAAGCGACGAUGACGACGAUGAUGAAGAAGAAGUCAGCGACGUUGAAUCUAGUGAUGAAGAGUACAACAACAAAAAGCAACGAUCAAAAUCAAGAAAGGAUCAUGGAGAUGAACCAAUGGAAGAGGGAUCGAGCGACGAAGCAUUGUCAGAGAGCGAUUUGAACGAUUGGGAAAAACUCGAAGAAAUGAGAAGAAAGAGAAACAAGCACAAAAAGGAACAAGAAAAGCAAAAGAAAUUGAUGCAGGAAAAGAAAAAGUCGCGAAAGACCAAGAGAGGAUCGGCAUCAACAACCAACACACCACUAUUGCCAGAGGGUUUUGGUCCCGACGACGAGGACGCCUACUAUAUGAACUAUGUCAUGAAGGAGAGUAUGGGAGAGAUGAACCUCGACCAGCUACCAGGGGCACCCGCUCCUCUGGCAGCGCACAAGAUUCCCGACGAACUCGAGCUUCCCGUCAACCCAUCGGGAUGUGCGCGUUCCGAACCAUACAAGCGAAUGGAUCUCGACAAAAAGAUUGCAAUGCGGUUGGCGACGACCAAGGUGCGAGGCACGUCUGGAGACGGUGUCGACUCGCAUAUUGGCAAGUCGUCGGGUCGUUCAUCUCGCUAUGAGAGCAGACUCGGCCAAGACGUUGUCAUGACAUCGCGCAAGAAAAAGAUCAAGUUUGAGCGAUCACUCAUCCACGACUGGGGUCUCUUUGCCUUGGAACCAAUCUAUGCAAGGGACAUGGUCAUCGAGUAUAUUGGUGAGGUCAUCAGACAAAAGGUGGCAGACGAACGUGAGAAACGUUACACCAAGCAGGGUAUUGGUAGUAGUUAUCUGUUCCGUAUCGAUGAUGAUACCAUCAUUGAUGCAACGUUUAAAGGAAACCAGGCACGUUUUAUCAAUCAUUGUUGCGACCCCAAUUGCAUGGCCAAGGUGAUCACCAUGGGUGGUCAGAAAAAGAUCAUCAUCUAUGCCAAACGAGAUAUCAAUGUUGGCGAAGAACUCACCUAUGACUACAAAUUCCCAAUCGAGGAUGUCAAGAUUCCCUGUUUAUGUAAAUCUGCAAAAUGUAGAGGAACUCUCAAUUAA